GUGUACCCAAGAGCUAAGCAUGCCUCUUGCACUGUCCAUCUGUGGAGAAACAUAAAGGCCAGAUUCAAAUCCAAGCGCCUGGCAUCCUUGAUGGGAGCAGCAGCAAGAGCUUACACGAUUGAAGAGUUCAAUAAGAAAUUCCUGGACAUUCAACGCGUAAGCCCACGAUGUGCUGGCUAUCUAGUCGAAAUAGGGUUCGAACAUUGGACGAGGGCACAUUUCGCAGGAGAGAGAUUCAAUAUUAUGGAUUCAAAUAUCGCAGAAUCGUGGAAUGCGGUUUUGACGGAAGCAAGGGAAUUCCCCCUUAUCUCCAUGUGCGAGUACAUUCGCACAAAAAUGAUGUGUUGGUUUGCAAUACGACGUGGAAAAGCGUUGGAACAUAAGGGGACCCUAACUCCAAGUGUCCGCCGAAUGGUGGAAGCAAACUACAACGCAUCGACGGGGUUUGCGGUCACAGGAAUCAGUGAAAUGGAAUUCCAAAUUCAGUCAACAACAGGCGAGUUUCAUAUGGUCAAUUUACAUGCUGGAACCUGUACCUGCACGUCUUUUCAGCAGCUUCGUAUUCCAUGCAAACAUGCUGUUGCAGCAGCAGGGAGAGCAGGGAUGGCAACUGAAGCAAUGGUUGCAGCCGCCUAUUUCGCUGACACAUGGCACAGCGCAUAUGAAGCAAAAAUUUACCCAAUUCCUUCUGUGGGUCGGACCCAAAUAGGAGAGACAUACGCUGAAUCUCUACUCCCCCCCGCCGUUAAGCGUCCUCCAGGAAGACCCAGGAAGCAGCGUAUCCUUUCAGUCGGCGAAGAUAAGUAUAGUCCGACCUCUAAGUAUAGUCUGACCUCUAAGUAUUUCGGUUUUGGCCUCUACAGCGAUCCAGCCACCUGCUACCAAGAAAAUGCAGUAGGUGCAGGGGAGAAGGCCAUAACAAGGCCUCCUGCCGUCAUCCAAUAUGAGUAA